AUGUCACUUCCAUUUGCUCCAUCUAGCAUCAAUCAAAACCGAAAUGCUAUCCAAGAGAACAAUCUGACCUGUCAAACUUGCGGAUUCGUCUUCAAAAACAGGAUAUAUCUGAAAGGGCAUAACAAGAAAAAUCAAGGAAAAUGCAAACCACUUCCCGAGAAGAAAUUUUCCUGUGAGCUCUGCCCAAGCAGUUUUGCACAAAGGUCUGGUCUCAGCAGACAUGUUAGUGUGAAGCAUGGAUCUCCGAAGAUCCAUUUGGAGAAUGAAAUCGCUCGGUUCAAAGCGUCAGAUCCCGACUUCAAUGAGUCUCAAUUUCUACAAGACGUUUUUAUGGCUUACUACUCAAUCCAAAAAAUGAUUGAGAACAAAGAAAAUGAACCAAUUUCGGAGACCUUUCUGACUCAACCGAUGGCUGAAGAUGUGUCUGACAGCGUGAGGAGUCCAUUAGGAUUUGGGAUCGACCGUUUUCUAGAACCACUCGAAUCAAACUCGAUGUGUAAAAUUAAUUGCUAG